GACGCUCUCUCUCUGUCUAUAAAUUUUGCUCGCUGGGUUGGGUUAGCAGAGCUGAAGAUGGAAGCAGCAGCCACAGCGAGCAUUUUCCAAUCAUCAAUCGCGGCCUUUAGGCCUUCCAAUUCAAUUGGCAGAUCGGGUAAUUUGGCGGCCAAUGGUCCCGCCGGUUUUCUGCGUUUGAGUCCUGGAUUUCACUUCUCAAUCAAGCACCAGUUUUCAAUCUCUCAACCAAAGGUGGGUCAUAGGAGAAUGGGCUUUGGAAGUAGGAGAUGCUUGGUCGUUAGGGCAGCAGCUGCAUCUCCAUCUCCGGACUCAACAGGUUCUACUUCUCCAAUUGCCCCACUUCAGCUGGAGUCACCAAUUGGACAGUUCCUCUCUCAGAUAAUGAUAAGCCACCCGCAUCUUGUGCCUAGUGCAGUUGAGCAGCAGCUUGAACAGCUUCAAACAGAUCGCGACACUGAGCAAAAGCAGGAAGAGCCUUCUGCUUCUGGCACUGACCUCGUUUUGUACAGGAGAAUUGCCGAGGUUAAGGCUACUGAAAGGAGAAAGGCUCUUGAAGAGAUUUUGUACACUUUGGUGGUGCAAAAAUUCAUGGAUGCUAAUGUUUCUUUGAUACCUGCCCUUACCCCAUCUGCUUCAGACCUUUCUGGUCGAGUUGAUACAUGGCCAAGUGAAGAGGACAAGCUUGAGCAACUUCAUUCACCUGAAGCCUAUGAGAUGAUCCAGAACCACCUAGCUCUCAUCCUAGGAAAUCGGUUGGGUGACUCAGCCUCUUUAGCACAGAUAAGCAAGCUCAGAGUUGGGCAGGUUUAUGCAGCAUCUGUAAUGUAUGGGUACUUCCUCAAGCGGGUUGACCAGAGGUUUCAGCUGGAGAAGACAGUAAAGAUCCUUCCAAAUGCACUGGGUGCCGAAGACAGUAAUGUUCAGAAAUCCGUGGGGGAGGACAUGAGGCCUGGUGGUGAAGAGGAGUCUUUGCAAGCAGGGGCUUCCCAUCCUGAAGUCACUUCCUCGGCUGGAGGCAUCGGUGCUGGGGGUUUUGGUAAUGGAAUUAAGCCAUCCCGCUUGCGGACCUAUGUGAUGUCUUUUGAUGGAGAGACCCUUCAUAGGUAUGCAACAAUUAGAUCGAGAGAGGCUGUUAGCAUCAUUGAAAAGCACACCGAGGCAUUGUUUGGAAGACCAGAUAUUGUCAUAACACCUCAGGGGACUGUUGAUUCUUCCAAGGAUGAUCACGUCAAAAUUAGCUUUGGUGGUUUGAGGAGACUUGUUCUGGAAGCCGUGACUUUUGGUUCUUUUCUUUGGGAUGUUGAGAGCUAUGUGGAUUCCAGGUAUCAUUUUGUUACAAACUAAAUUAUGUUGAGUGAAGAUCCUACCCUUGCAGACUUGGUAGUGCGUGUGGAGGCACAAUAUUACAUACCAUAAUGGGAUAUUGACUGUAGGCCUAGUGAAAAUACCAAAUAUUUGUAUUUGGUGCUAAUUGCUGUGUAUAUAUAAACUGUUCAAGAUUUGCCUAUGUCCGUGCUGUGUGGAGAAAUAGGUAGGAUUUUAUUACGUUAAUCUCAAGUGUGGAGCCGGACCAUUUUGCGGGGUUUUGAAACUUUGUGUAAUUUUUCUGUUUGCGUGGCGAGGAUUUUUCAUUGAUACAAGAAGUUACAAGAAUA